UCCAAGCCUUCUUCAAUAGUAGUACUACAUUAUUAGUAGUAUAUAGGAAACCACCAUGCAAUUUCUUGUAAAAAUUUGGCCAUUAAGUCCGGCACAUAUUUUUGGGUACUUUCCAUCUCAUUAAAAUCGUCUAUUUAAACCCUUUAGUUUUUUGUCACAAACAUUCUAUGUUUUAAUUAAUUAAUAAAUUAAUUUACUUCAUAUCUCAAAAUCAAAAUAUUGAUCAAUGGCAAUUGCAACCAUCACCAAGCCAUUCCGCAGCCGAGUUUUCAAGCUCCGCCUCCGCACCAAGCCAAACACCGCCGCCGCCCCUCCACCGCCGCCGCCAACCACCAAAUUAGAAGAGUUCCGGCAGGUUUUCCGGUUCCUGGACGCCGACAACGACGGAACUAUCUCGGCGGCCGAGCUGACUGCCUACUUCGCCAGCAUCGGCGAUUCGGUGUCGCGCGAGGAGGCGGAGAGGAUCAUCGGAGAGUUCUCGGGAGGCGGUGAUCGGGGUUCGUUGGCGCUGCAGUUUGAGGAAUUCGUGAGGGUGAUGGAGCUGCAAGAGGGCGUGGACGGCGUGGACGUUCUCCGGCGGGCUUUCAAGGUUUAUGAGGAGGAGAAGGGCUGCGGUUGUAUCUCGGCGGAGGGGCUGAGACAGGUGCUCCGCCGCCUCGGCGAUGUGAAAUCGGUGGGGGAAUGCAAGGCCAUGAUUCGGGUGUAUGAUCUUGAUGGCAAUGGGGUGCUUGAUUUCGAUGAAUUUUCUAAGAUGAUGAGUUAUUGAUCGGUUGGACAACCAAUUGCUUCGAUUUGAAUUAAUCGGAGAAAGCUUUAUGCAUAUAUGAAAAGAUGUCGACCAAUCAAACCGAUUCGAUUUAUGUCACGAUAGAAAGAUAACGGUAUAGUCAGUGUGCCGAUCUACGUCACGAUUAAAAAUCUAGAAAACAUAUUACGCUCUGAAACAGAGGAUGUCGCGUGUUUUUUCUUGACGUGACACACUUGUGGAGCUUAUAAUUAUUGUGAGAACAUAAUCGUAUCUCCUUUCGCGUCGCAAUUUAUUAGCCGCCGUAUAUAUAAAUUAAUUUUCGAAUCUUGAUUCACAUAUCAAAAUUUUGCAGCUAUUGUUUAUUUUUCA